UCUUAAAAUCCUUACUAACAUCUGCUCGAUCCAAAUAUUCCAAUUCCAACCAACGAACAAAUCUAAUAAGUGAAUUCUCAAUAAUAAUACCAUUAACACCUUCAAGGCAAUUCUAACAUGGUUCAAUCAAACAUGGUGAACAGUAAUCUCUAGUAGCCUACUCCUAGUAAGAUUAAUGAGUACAAACAGUACAAAGAAAAGAAUAAAUAAGAUGUAAGUACUAAUUGAUCUAUGAAUAGAUGACAACCAGUGUCUUAAGCUUGAAUGGAUUUUACAAAGAGUAAAUGGAAGGAUACAAUUUUGAUUAUACAAAAUCUGAUCAUCCCUCUGUGGCCUUAUUUCAUUUCGCAAUCAAAGGGAUUGCCCUGGCUGUUUAUUUGUUUGGAGGACUAUUCAUACGAGAAGCGUAACAAAAAUAUAAAUAUAAUAGUUGGACUCUGCCUGAGAUAGUGAUUGUUAUUGGAGCAGUUGAUUUUUGGGUUACAAAGAAUAUCACUGGUAGACUCCUCGUAGGAUUAAGAUGGUGGGAAGAAAUAGAUGAAGCCUCAGGAGAACAACUAUGGGUGUUUGAAACAAGAGUAAAUGAGAAUUAGGUGAGUUAAGUGAAUUCCUUUAUUUUUUGGGCAACUUUGGUACUAGCGAUAUUAGCAUGGGGAUUUUUAGCGGUAGUCAAUGCAAUCGGGUUUCAUAUUCUCAAUGUAUUCAUUACUGUUAUUAUUAAUUUAGUUAACUGGCAUAUCAUUUUAAUUGACUAUCCAAAUAAUUAAUUUUUAUUUCUAUUUCUAGUGUUCAAGAGGUAUAUUAAACAAAUUCAAUUAAUUUAGUUGCUAAAACCAGAGCUAAGCAACUGGCAAAGGUAUUGGGAGCAGAAAUUUUGAAUAAGAUGAUGAACCAAUCUGUGAUUUGGCCAAUGAAAGUACCUAAAUAAAAAGGGUUAUGA